CUUGUUGGUGUUUCGAAAAACGGUGACGUCACGAAAAUUUUAAAUACGAACGCGUUCGGCUCGCAAGUUUCAGUGCGUGGUGCGAUCUAGUGAAGUGACUACGUGGUGCUUAUAGUCGAUAAAAAUGAAGCCACUACAGGCAGUGGUGGCCAUCUGCCUGGUCCUCGCCAUAGGCGCUCGCUCCGAAACCCUCGAGAACACCAAGGAGUCUACCAAAGACGUCAUUUCAGAAUCUGAACAAAGCGAACCUCAAGCAAGAGCCGAACGCUGCACAAGCUGCUCAGGAGGCGUCAAGCUAAGCUUCAAAUCUCCCAACGAUGUGCUUGCAGCGAUUCAAGCGCUGCCCGGAGGAGAAGUCCACACUCAGCAGUCUUUCGAAGGCUGCUCAAGCGACAAGGGCUGCGCUGGACUGAAAGUAAAAGAUGGACGCGUCGUCGAAAAGUUCGGAAACGUAGACGCGUUCCAAGCAGCUGCAGCCGCUGAUACUGGCAACGAAUUCCAGUUCCAUGCUGGCGGUGGUUUGGGAAAUGUCUUCGAAGGUGGCAUCCCUGAUGGAGGUCCAUUCUGGUGGAUGAACCAGAACUCGCCAUUCAAAAACGGCGCCGCUGGAGGAAACUUUGAAAAAUUCAGCAAAUCGUCCAGCUCUUUCACUAGCAGCGGAACAGCAGGCGCUGGUGGCGUUGAUAUCGCUGCGAAUCCAUUCCUGAACGGUGAUUUCUCGAAACUGGCAGGAGGAUUCGCUGCUGGUGCUGAAUCUAAGCCCGGAUUCUCGUCUUCUUCAUUCGAAUCGUCCUCCUUCAGUUCUUCAAGCAAAGGGGACGUUGAUAUCUCGAAGAACCCCUUCCUGAAUGGAGGCGUUAAGUUCGGACAGAACGGUUUCGCCGCGCAAGGCGGAUUUGGAGCUGGAAGCGCGCAGUUUGGCGCUGGAGCGGCCGGUGCUGGUCAAUCAGGCGCAGGACAAUCCGCUAGUCAAUUUGGAGCAAGCCAAAGCGCUUUCUCUGCAUCUAACAACGCAUUCGGAGCUCAGGGCAGUCAAGGAGCUGGAGCUGGAAACAGCGGGCUCACAUCAGGAUCCGCUCAAGGCGGUGCCUUCGGCGGCAGCUUCUCCGGCUCUGCCUUCAAUUCUGCGUCCAACAAAUUCGGUGCUUCAGGAUAUACCGGAUCCUCUCCCAGCCCAUUCACGGCUUCAACCGGUUCCAACGUGAACCUGAUCCAAAGUUCGCAAAAAGGCAGUGAAUUCGACUUCGAACAGCAGCAGCAAACGCAGCAGAACAUCGAUGAGGCUUUCCAAUCGACUGGAAAUGUGCAUGCCCAUGAGCAUUCUGGUGGAGACUUGCAGCAGACCUGUGCUGGACAAGGCUACGUGUGCGUCCACAAGGCUCAGUGCAACAACGGUGUAGUGAACACGAACGGAGCUGGUGUUGUCCAGGCGAGAACCCAGAAACAAUACUGUAACACGAGAACCGAAAUCUGCUGCCGGAUUGAAGUCUCCUCAGUUGGAGCUGGAAGCGUUCAAGGAUCCUCAAGCUUUGGAGCCCAAGGCCAAUCAGCGUUCGGUGCGACCAACAACAGAGGAACAAGCAAAUUCGGUGUGUCCGGAUCAGUCGGAACUGGACUUGCACCCCCUGCUAACAAAAUCAACAACGUAUAUAAAUCCACUAGCCAGUCCAACUUCGUCGAGACGGAUUCCUUCUCAGCUGGCAGUGAGGUCGCUGGCGUGUUCCGACCUGGCGCAGGCCCUGGUCUGAAGCCUGGAAUUCCUUACCUACCUCCAGUAGACACUGUGACCCAACCUUCCUUCAUCAGCUCUACUUCUGUCCCUUUCACCACCACCCCUAAACCUUUCGUUCCGGUCCGCCCUCCAGUGACUCCCCCUAGGCCCUACCUUCCUCCUGUCACUGUAACUACCUCCACGUCUGCUCCAGGAUAUCUGCCUCCAGAUGUAGUACCUGGUGAAUCUAAAGAUCCACCACCGUAUUACGUCACAGGAUCGCUUUUAAAGGAACCAUUCUUAACCACGCCGUCGCCCGCCAUCCCAGACACCCCUUCAGGAUGCGCUGCGGCUCUGAAGUGUACCCCCAUUGAGUUCUGUACAGCUGAGGGAGUCAUCUCCACCACCCCUGUUGUUCUGACCAGAGACCAGGAGGCGUACAGAGUGCCUUUGACGGACUGCAAAGACGUUGGAACCGGUACAAUCGGCAAGUGCUGCAGAGACCCGCUCUACACCGAUCCCUGGCCCACCAACCAGCUCGGCAAAUGGGUGCCCGGCGUAUUCGGUGGGAACGACGGGAAAUAUGUGCCCGACAGCAAUCCUCAAUCAAACAAUCCUCGCGGGCAGGUCACUGGAAGACCGCCGGUCACUGGUUCAGUGAUCCGAAACGAGUACAAGCCCUCAACUCCUGGUCCCUAUGGUCCCAACCAAGUGACCCCUGGAUUCCCCUCAAGCACCGUAUCGUCCUUCAAAGGACAGGGCUCAGUUACAUCAUUCGGGCAAGGACAGUACAGCCAAGGCGGUGUAGGACAGUACAGCAAAGGAGGUCAAGGUCAAUACACUGUGGGAGGCCAAGGUCAAUACACUGUGGGAGGCCAAGGUCAAGUCUCGCAAGGCGGCAAGACUCAGUUCGUCCAGAGAGAACAGACUCAGUUCGGCCAAGGCGGACAAGGUCAAGUUGGAAUUGGAGGACAAGGUCAAGUCGGAAUUGGAGGACAAGGUCAAUUCGGGAUUGGACAACAAGGACAGAUUGGAAUCCAACAAGGUGGUGGCCAGACGCAGACUGCACAAGGAACUCAAUUCAGCACUAACACCCAAUCGUUUGGCCAAAAGGGUCAGGGUCAAGUCGUGAGGCAAGGUCAAGGGUCAUACGUUGAACAAGGACAAGGAAGUUUCGGAGUGGGAGGAAGAGGACAAUACACUGUGGGAGGACAGGGUCAACUGGAGAUUGGAGGAGGCGGUGCCCAAGGUCAGUUCACCCAAGUCCAAGGAGAAACCCAGAAGACAUUCGGCCAAGGAUCAGGAUUCGGUAUCGGUAUCGGCCAAGGACAGACUGGUUUCGGCAUCUCUACUGGUUUCGGCCAAGGGGUCAUUCAGGGUCAAGGCCAAGGAGUCCGCCAAGGUUUCGGUUCAGCCAUCCAGCAAGGUUUUGGCCAAGCGAUCGUCCAAGGGGAAGGGGAAACAAGCGCUUCCGAAGGAGUGUACCGAGUGUUCUUGGGACGAUACAGCGGCGGCAACGGACAGUGCGGACUUCUGAACGGUCAGAAGCCUUACGGAAACCGCAACGACCUGGAGGUAGAUUUCGCCGAGAUCCCAUGGCAAGCUAUGGUCCUUCUCCAGACGAACAGAAGCCUCCUCUGCGGUGGAGUCAUCACCAGACCUGAUGUAGUGGUUACUUCGGCUUCCUGUGUUGAUGGCCUCGACGCCAAGAACGUUCUGAUCAAGGGAGGAGAAUGGAAACUUGGCGUGGACGACGAGCCACUGCCAUUCCAGAUCGUCCAGGUCAAAACCAUCGUCAAGCACCCGUACUACAAGAUCGGCAGCCUGAAGAACGACGCCGCCAUCUUGGUUCUCUCUGAGAACUUACGACUGGCCAAGAACAUCCAGCCCAUUUGCCUGCCCGAGUCGGGAGAGACUCUGGACGCUUUUUACAACGGAGCUGGGGAGUGCAUCGUGACUGGUUGGGGCAAGCAGGUUCUGCAAGCCCACUUAGCUGGCAGCAUCAUGCACAGCCUCAACGUGUCGCUGCUCAACCCCGGAGAAUGCCAGGCCAAGCUGUCGUCCGACUACCCUCACUUACUGGAACAGUAUGACCAGGACAGCUGCGCGUGCGGACAGCCGUUGAACCCUGUCAACAAUAUCUGCAAGGUUGACAUCGGAAGUGCGUUGGCUUGCACCACGGACAACUCGCACUACGUACUGAGGGGAUUGUACUCAUGGGACUCAGGCUGUCAAACCGGCAACCAAAUCGCUGCAUUCUACAAAUUCGACCUCGAAUGGUACGAAUGGGCGAUCGGCCUGAUCGAGAGCACCCGCUUCGCGAAAUUCGCCAUCGGCUUUAAAGUAACCCAGAACCGCUUCUCCAGUCAAAUCAAGGGCAGCAGCAGCCAGUUCGGAGGCAACAGCCAAUACAACAGCGGUGUUAAGGGAGUCACAUCAAGCGGGAUCAAGGGUGGCGUUAAAGGUGCCGGUUUCCAGGAACAAACUGGUGGAUUGAUCGCUGGAGCAUUCCAAGGAUCGUCAGCCACCGCCUCAGCGACCACCGGCUCAUCAGGAACAGGUUUCGGAUCUGGAAUAUCCGGAUCAGGAUUCGGCAACGGAGCCGGUUUCGGAUCCGGCGCAGGCUUCGAAGGCUCAGCCAUUAAAGGCGGAUUCGGCACAGGCCAGUUCGGCUUCAGCCAGUUCGGCUCCANUGAAACUUGUGUGCAAAUCUUUGGUCUUCUAAGUCAGCGCCAUCUAGUUUGUCUAUAA